AUGGCAUCAGCGGUCAUACUAGUUCAAAAAACAACACCAGAAGCUAUUCUUAGAUUUCAUGAUCAAUUGUCAAACGAGCUACCCACAUUAAAAGGAAAAUGGCACUUUAGUUUCAAGAUCUUUCGUAACAACAUCUACUCUAUAGAUCCAACUGCAUCGGAUGAUAGCGAAUUCUCAAAAGAUUCGAAGUUUUUACACAUUUUAAAACCCUCGUACUUGCAAGGAUCCACCGUAGCAGUGGUGAAUAAAAAGUCUGUUGGAAUAUUCAGUGAUUCAAUUGCAGAAGAGGUCAAAGGUAAUCCAUCUGUACGGUUUCCAAUCCCAGAUUACCAUUUGCAUCGUGGAGCGACUACUGGACUAAAUGAUCCCUUUGAUUACUUCACGUCACAAAAACUUCAAAGUUUGUGGACUCAAAAACAGAACAUAAGAGGUGAUAGUGGACAAAUAUACGAACUAGAAAAUGGGAAUUUGAUAAUAAGGACUUCAAAUGUGUCUCUCCAUGGAAACUUCCGGGGCCUUCUCAUUCAGCUUGAGCUAAGUGACAAUACGAUCGAAAGCGGUGGUCAAAAGCAUGUUAAGGAUAUACUUGACGAAGUGAUACAAAAAUAUGGAAUUCCUCAAGGUGAACUAUGUUACGAUGUUUUAGACUCCGGACAUUUUGACAAGUACGGUGAUUUGUGUUUGCAAUACGCUCAGAUUCUAAAUUUUUAG